AACCCUUUGCACCAAAUUUAUUACAUGUAAUGAAAAGUGACCAGAAUCUUUAAAUUGUUUAGUUGAGUUUCAAACCUUUGAAAGUUAAAAUCGAUUCGACCGUUGGCUUUCUUAGUCUUAGGUACAUCAUUCUAACGAAACCAAACAAGAAACAAAACAGACCACGCUCCUCCACUCUCCACAAAAACUGUAACAGCAAACAAGAACUUCAAACCUCGACCCAACGGUAAUGGCGGAAGCUGAGGAUUAUGGGUUCGCCCCAGAUGAGAUGGUAGUGAAUGAGAACCUUGGCUACCCUAAAGCCUUCGCAAAACUCUGCCGUGACCGGGGUUUCGGUGCCUACAGCCUUGGCCCUCCCUUUACCUUCAUCCCUUAUGCUUUGCAAGAACAUGAGGCCGAGAGAGCUAGGGAUUUGGAUGAGAUGUUUCCUAUUAUUGAUCCCAAAGCUAAGGCUACCAGCAAGCCCAAGAUCUUUGUCAGUGUCCUGUGGAAGCAGCUCCGCCAUCUUGGGAAUGCUGGCUUUGACCCCGCUGUAAUUCGAGUGGAUGGUUAUGGCAAUGUGAUCUAUUAUCACGCAGAUUCGGCCUCUCCUCUGGCUUGGGAUGUUGAUCACUGGUUUCCUUGUUCAAGGGGAGGUUUGACUGUUCUUAGUAAUAUAAGGAUAUUACAGCGGCAAGUCUGUAAGAGGAAGAAAAACAAGCUGGAAUUCUUGGUGCCAUGGUGGGAUUUCCAAUUGGGGAUCUCUGUGAACCAGUUCCUGUCUGUUUUUGCAUCGUCAAACUCAGAUUUCAGGCACAGAGCCUUCUCGUUUUUGUUCGAUGAAGGAGAAAAUCAAGAAUUGAAUGCUUCACAAAUAGUGGAUUCUCAUUCUUUCCCACACCACUUUUUUGGGUUGAAAGAUGAGAUGGGCCUGGCUCCAGCUGCAAUCGUAGAAUCUCGAAGGGAACCUUGUGAUGCAUUAGCUUUGAGACAACUCGAUUACAAUAGGAAGCCAAGGCCAAUGUCUCCUGCAAUAGUAGCUGCAAGGAAAAGAAAUGGCAAUCUUCUGAAAGAAAAUGAAGAUCCAGAUUUUGUGAAAAACCCCUACCAAGCAAUUGUCAUGGCUAGAGAUUCCCUGAAGCAAAGAGAGGAAACUACAAAAAUGCAGGCAGAAAUACAGAAGCUAGAUGAUGAAGUGAAUGAAAUGAAGCUCAAAAAUGAGGAAGAAAAGCUCACUAUCCAAGACCUAGAAUUGGCCCUCAUAAAACGUAGGAGGAAGGCAGAAAAGUGCAGACGGUUAGCUGAGGCUCAAUCGUCUUACAGGAUCAUGCUAGAGAAGAUGAUUAGGGAAACCAUGCACCAGAGUGUUAUCUAUAAGGAACAGGUAAGAUUGAACCUGGCUGCAACUAAUGCACUGAUGGCUAGACUUGAAGCACAGAAGGCAAUUUGUGAUGCUGCAGAGAAAGAUCUUCACAAGAAAUACAAGCAAAGAGAUGACAUAGAGAAGCAGAUUAGACCUGAAUGGGAGCAUGGAAGGAAAAGGUCAAGAAUAGAUGAUUAUGCCACUUUAGAAGAGAGAGACAUUAAACCUGCUCUUUACUUGCCUGGGCCCAGACCAAGAACACCUUCGCAUAAGGAGCUCAGAGUGCUUCUAGAGGAGGAACAAAGGGCAUCUGAAGUUGGCUUCCCUGCAAUCGAGGAGCAAAAGCAGGAAGAUAAAGAAGAGAAGAUGAAAAUGCCUGCUAAAAAUGACACAGAAGAGAAGCUAGAGGAGCAUACGACAUCGAGUGUUGCAUUGGAUGAAGAAAACUCAAUUGAGCAAAGACUUGAGAAGCUUAAAAUCAGCGAAGGAAAGAGGAGUUGUAGCAUUUCAUUCACAGGUAUUCAUGAGACAGAAAUCGAGGAAGAUGAAGAAACCAGAAAGCAGCGUGGAAAAGGAAAUGUGGACAAGUGGCUUCAAAUGCUUUUAGAAAAUAGUCAACAACCAGGAACUGAUGCAGAAGAAAGAAAUGAAAAUGGUAGAACUGAAGAUAAAAUAAUCCAACAACUGAAUGAGAAGUUCCCACAAAAGGAGUUGAGGAUCUCAAAAGUUUCAGAUUCUCAGCUACGGCUUCUGGAAGACAAGAAUGGAUUAGCAGAUGAAGAAGAUAGAAUGGAAAAUGAAUCUAGAAGUGUUAUGCCGACAGGACAGAAAAAUUACUCUGAAGAAGCUUGCAUAGGUGAAGGAAGUUGCAGUCCUAAUGUUGAAAGGAUGGAAAAAAAGGAACAACAUAAAAAGGAAAAAAGACUUCCUAGAUCAGAGAGUGCCAGGACCUUGAGGCGAAUUCCAUCAUCUCCAUCUUUGCUCUUUGGUGGUAUCAGAAAAGGUGUGGACUACAUUCGGAAGAAGCCAACAGCAAGUGAUGAUUUGGCAGCAUCAAACAGUUUCUUGAGGUCAUCCAUCAAGACAAUCAAGAAAGCUGUGAAUUUAUAAAUAGAGAUACAUUUGAUUCAGGCUAUGCAUAAUGCAUUUGUACCUUUUGUUUCUUCACGAUUUUACAAUUUGAGUUGUUUGUAGCUGAAUAAAAGAGAGAAAAUUGGUGUGUGAAAUGUAGCCAUUGUUUGAUUUGUGUACAAGAUUUUAAAGUUUGUCAGAUAUUUGAUAAGUGAU